AUGGCCGACGUCAAGCUCCAGCACCCCAACGCCCAGGUCGUGCUCGGCGUCGGCGGGGCCACCGUGGGCGGCGUCGACACCUACUUCUCGCCGGCGGACGAGGACAGCUGGGUGAGCAACGCCGUCGACUCGCUCUCGGGCAUCAUCGACACGUACCAGCUCGACGGCAUCGACAUCGACUACGAGCAGUUCAACGGUGAUGAGGCCCUGUUCGCCAGAUGCAUCGGGAGGCUCCUGACAGAGCUCAAAGCAAGAUACCCGGCAUUAGUCACGUCCAUUGCACCGUACAAAGACACUGAGGGCUAUUACCAGGCACUGUGGAGCAGCUACCAGGAGGUGAUCGACUACGUCAACUACCAGUUCUACGCAAACCCGGCGAGCACCCGCGUGGAGCAGUACAUGGAGGAGUACGGCCGCGUGGCCGGCUCGGUGUUCGCCGGCGGCAGCGUGCUGGCGUCCAUCAACACCAGCAACCCGGCGGACGUGGUGACCGUCGACGCGUACACGGCGCUCCAGGCCUGCGCCCAGCUCGCCGGCAACCUCACCGGCAUCUUCGUCUGGUCCGCCGACAGCUCCUACUACAACAACCUCGACUUCUGGUACGAGGGCCAGGCGCAGCAGAUACUGGCCGUCGGCACCAACUGA